UAUUAUCUAAGCCACACAACAUAUACUAAAAAAAAAAAAAAGAGAGAGAAAUAAUGACACUAAAUGGAUACUUGUCAACUGAUUUUCACAUAAAGUCUCCGGCGAAGAAAUUCUUUCAAACUUGCAUCGAGACGAUGGAUCUACCUAAAGACGAUGUCACGGUGGAGAUCGAGGAGGUACCUUUGGAGAAGAAAAAGACUACGUUUAGAAUCGAGGGCUUUCAGAUAUCGGAGUGGUACAAAUCGUUCAAAGGAACAAUCACCCCUGACAUGGCCACGUGGCAAAACCCGGAUGGGUACAAGAAACUCGAAGGAACCAUGACCAUCACUCAUGUGGAAGACAAUGACUGUGACCGUGCGAUAUUGACAGUAAAGUAUGAGAAGAUCAACUCUGACAUUAAAGACCCAGGCACCAUCAUGGACACUUUUGUAGAGUUCUUUAAGGAGAUGGAUGAGUAUCUUGUUGAAGAUUUUAAUUAGAGUUAUCUUAACUGGUUAAUAAAGUGGAACCCAUUUAAAGUUAUUUAUCUACGGUUAUUGCAGCAUAUAGACUAGUAAUGGUUAACAUUGAUUGGCAUUUGGGAUGUAGUUACUCAUAAAGAUUUCAAUAUACAUAAUAAUAUAUCGUUUUGCAUGU